AUGACGCUAGAGUGCUGGCGAAACCGACCAGGACUAUUGCGCCAGUUCGUCAAUACCUUGGACUUGGACAGUUCAAGAAGAAUUGACAGACAUUUCAAAAGUCUCAAGGAUCCGUCGUUUCUACGGCUGCCGGAAUGCACUCUACUAGUCGCUACAAAGUUUGAACCGCUAUCUGACGCUUGUUAUCUAGAAGCGUCUUACUCUUCAAGUUAUCUCCAUCGCGAACAGCUUCAUCGCUUUGACAAAGGCUAUAUAAAGUCAGCAAAACAUAGAGGUGAAAGGCGUCUUUGGUCUGCGUCGAAAAAGCGUCUGAGUAGCAUGGCAGGUGACUCGGAUGUAGCGAGAAGUCUAAGAUCGAAGAAGAAUGCGGACGACCAGGAAGCUAGCAAAUUCAAUUUUGACGUUGAGGAGUUUGAAAUACCUCCAAGCAAGCAUCUCAAAUUGGUGAGUACGGGAAAACCUGUUGUAAAAGCCGUGAAUGGACAGUCGCGGACACCGGGGGAGAAAAAUGCGGCUGACAGGGAUGAGCUGUGCGGUUUGGAAGAAAAGACUCAAAAGAUCAGCAGCAUGAUACUGGAUAUUAAGAAGCACGGAUUGGAACCAUUAAGCCCUGAGGCGUGCGAGGAUCUGCUUCCAUGCUCUGUUUACAGCUCCUUUCACAGGCUGAUGUUUAAACAGGAAACUCGAAUGCUAGAAAUGGACGUGGUGGAGAGCGAAGCCGAAGCUGAGAGGCUUCAUCUGCUUCGUGAAAAGCUUGACAUGAUACAUUGGCCGAUUACUUUGAGGAAGGUGACUGUCGUGAACGAUCUUAAUGAUGAAGCUGAAAUUCUGAGAAAGAGAGAACUUACGAAACAAUGCAUAGACUCCAUGCUCGAAAAAUUCGAAGCUAUGAAAAGGAGGAGUAGUAUGCUUGCUAGAAAUCAUAAGAGAAAUAGGAUUGAUCCCUCGAAAGACUUAGCAGCGGUUUACAAUCAAGUCGAUAGGCGACAAAUUAUUAAUUACCACAGCUCGUCCGAUGAAGAAGAGGAAGGACUGUCGGCGGAUCAAAUCAGGGCACACAGGCGACAGAAAAGACAGGAGCAAUGCAGAGGUUCGAUCAUCAUCCAACUAACAUUAAAUCCUCAGGUUGCAAAUGCUAGAUACGCGAUAAUUGCCGAACCGUUGAGGAAGCCAUAUGUUGUGAAAGUCUCGCAGGCAGAGAGAAAUGCUUGGAAGAAACAGAUGAACAAUGUCCCAAAAAAAUUCAAACAUCAUCCUCAUUUAGCAGACCAGGUUGCAGUAUUCAAGCGCAAGGUGCCGAUCCCAUUCACGUUGGUGGCCGGACACCAGGUAUCGUCAGCGUCCUGUGAGGUGACAAGCGAGACUGAUGAUAAUAGAAGAAAAGCCCCAUCCAUUGGCGAUAAAGGCGCAAACGGUUUUGAUCGAGUGGAUCAGACACUGAAGAAGCUUCAUACUAAUAUUCAUUCACCACCUAUUCGUAAGAAGAGAAAGAAACAAGAGUAA